AUGUCGCAAAAGCAGUCUCCAUCCCCGUGGCAGUCGAUCUUGGCCGGUGGUGCUGCCGGUGGGUUCGAGAGCCUCCUCACUUAUCCGACCGAGUAUCUGAAAACACGACAGCAGCUACAAGCCGUAUCAGCCGGAAAGCCUCUGAACCCAGCAACCCUUCUUGUCCAGACAAUCCAGCAGCAUGGUCUGCGCCACAUAUACACCGGAAGCGCCGCAUUCUGCCUGUCCAACGCAGGCAAAUCCGGAGUCCGGUUCUUCGCAUUCGACACAGCGCGUCAAUGGAUGCCUACAGACCGAGCUGGGAAAACCACAGCAAUGGAAAACGUAUGCGCCGGAAUGAUAGCAGGUACAGCGGAGAGCGUCCUCGUUGUUACGCCAGGGGAGACACUCAAGACCAAGAUCAUCGAUGAUCAAUCCGGACCGAAACGGUAUACUUCAGCUUCACAUGCAGUGCGCUCGGUGGUAUCUACCGAAGGCUUUUCGGGGCUCUACCGUGGCGUUGUCCCGGUGACGCUGAAGCAGUCCGCCAACGCCAUGGUUCGGUUCACCAGCUACAACUUUUUCUUGGGGCAUCUGCAGGCACUGACCAGCAACGGGACUCCUGUAACGGGGUCGACGGCCAUCGCAGGUGCGAUGGCUGGAGUCGUGACCGUGUAUGCGACGAUGCCUUUUGAUACCAUAAAAACGCGUGUGCAAGCGCUGGAUGGGCGUCAACGGUAUACAGGAACUCUCGACUGCCUUCGGUCGAUAAUAUCACGGGAAGGUGUUUCUGUUCUGUGGCGUGGGACGACGCCGAGGCUGGCUAGAUUGAGUGUAAGUCCGAGCCAUUAG